CCCACACAAAUUCACAUGGCACACUUCUUCUCUUCACAUGAAAACAUGAAAAAAGCUACUGCAUCGAUCUUGCUCGGAAUUCUAGUGAUAUGUUGCUGCAACGAGGCAUCGAAAGCAGAUUACGCCCUAUACAAGGAUCCGAAAAAGCCGUUAAAUCGAAGAAUAAAUGAUCUAAUGAAGAAGAUGACAUUAGAGGAGAAGCUCGGCCAAAUGGUGCAGAUUGAGAGAUCUGUCGCAUCGCCACAAGUCAUGAGCAAAUAUUUCAUAGGGAGCGUGCUGAGCGGGGGAGGCAGUGUCCCAACCCCACAGGCGACCCCCGAGGUGUGGGUGGACAUGGUCAACGAGCUCCAGAAGGGUUCUCUGUCGACCCGCCUCGGAAUUCCCAUGAUUUAUGGGAUUGAUGGAGUACAUGGGCAUAAUAAUGUGUACAAUGCCACCAUUUUCCCUCACAACGUUGGUCUAGGUGCUACUAGAGAUCCACAACUAGUGAAGAGGAUCGGAGCAGCAACUGCUCUUGAAAUCAGAGCUACAGGAAUUCCUUAUACUUUUGCACCUACUAUUGCGGUGUGUAGAGAUCCGAGAUGGGGUCGUUGCUACGAGAGCUACAGUGAAGAUCCAAGCAUAGUUAGAGCAAUGACAGAACUCAUACCCGGUUUACAAGGAGACAUACCGCCUAAUUCUCCAAAGGGCGUGCCAUAUCUAGGUGGACAAGACAAGGUGAUAGCUUGCGCGAAACACUACGUUGGCGAUGGCGGAACAACAACCGGCAUAAACGAGAACAACACGAUAGCAACAUGGCACCAAGUGAUGAGCAUCCACAUGCCCGCCUACUUCAACUCCAUCAUCAAGGGCGUCUCGACCGUCAUGGUCUCCUACUCCAGCUUGAACGGCGUCAAGAUGCACGCCAACCGCGACUUCGUCACCGGAUUCUUGAAGAAAAACCUACGAUUCAGAGGGUUUGUGAUAUCAGAUUGGCAAGGAAUUGACAGGAUUACCUCUCCACCUCAUGCUAACUAUACUUACUCAAUCCUCGCCGGAGUUAACGCCGGAAUCGACAUGAUUAUGGUUCCGUACAACUACACUGAAUUCCUCGAUGGCCUAAAAUUUCUAGUCGAAAACAACUUCGUCUCCAUGAGUCGAAUCGACGAUGCCGUCAAGAGAAUCCUAAGGGUCAAAUUCAUAAUGGGCCUAUUCGAGCACCCGCUGGCCGACUACAGCAUGACCAAGUACCUUGGCAGUCAGGAACAUCGGGAGCUGGCGAGGGAAGCAGUGAGAAAGUCACUGGUGCUACUCAAAAACGGCGAUUCCGGUCACAAACCAUUGCUCCCUCUCGACAAGCACGCGCCGAAGAUCCUAGUCGCUGGCACACACGCCAACGACAUCGGCAACCAGUGCGGAGGCUGGACCAUCCAAUGGCAAGGCCAGAGCGGCAACAUCACCUCCGGUACAACGAUACUAACGGGCAUAAAGAAAACGGUCGACCCGAAAACUGAGGUGGUGUUCAGUGAGAACCCGGAAUCUAGCUACGUGAAGGAGAACGGGUUCUCGUACGCGGUGGUGGUGGUGGGGGAGGUGCCGUACGCGGAGACGAACGGGGACAGCCUGAAUCUGACCCUGCCCGAGCCCGGGCCGGGUAUUAUAUCGAACGUGUGCGGGUCGGUCAGGUGCGUGGUGGUCCUGAUCACGGGGCGGCCCGUGGUGAUCGAGCCGUAUCUCGGGCAGAUUGACGCCCUGGUGGCGGCGUGGCUGCCCGGGACGGAGGGGCAGGGCGUGGCCGAUGUUUUGUUUGGGGAUUUCGGGUUUACGGGCAGGCUGCCCCGCACUUGGUUCAAGACCGUGGACCAGCUGCCCAUGAAUGUUGGGGAUGAGCAUUAUGACCCGCUGUUUCCCUUCGGGUAUGGGCUCACCGCAUAACCCGAAAACCAAAUAUCCGGACCGAGACUAUGAAGUUGAGACCAUACUGUAAUUGAGCUUGUUUCUUUCUUUGUUAUGAAAUUGUUUUUGUAAAUCUCCUUAUUUAAAGGUUUCAAUUGCCAUGAAUUGAAGAGGGGAGAACGUAGUAAUUUACGAUUGAUCCUGUUAUUGCAAUAAUAGUCAUCUUAAGACAUUGAUGAAA